UGUGUAAUAAAUCUGCAUGUCCUGCACAUGUACCCCUGAACUUAAAAUAAAAAUUGGAAAUUAAAAAAAAAAAAAGACCUUAGAAAUGGGGCUUCCAGGAGUGGUUGUGAUCAAUUACGGGAUUACUACAAUAGAUUUUGUUAUUCCAUGCGUUAAAUUAUGUUUGCCCAAAAACAAUGUUACUAAAAAGAAAAAAAUUUUUGAUAUGAAACUCUGCUAUAGGUCUAUCUUGUACCCAUAAAGCAAAUGUUAACUCCUUGCUGAAUGCUUUGGGUAUCAAAUGGUGAUAAGAGAAGGGGGAAAGGACACAUCAGCUGCCUUUCCUAUCAUGGAGGAGUUUGAAAUUUCACUGGGGAGAUGGGACAAGCAGUCACAAGAUAGGUGGUAAAAACUAAAACGUAUCCGUAAAACAGUUUAUGGAUAAGCACCAGGAUGCGUGCUUUUAGUCAUCCAAUACUUCAUUUAUUUGGAAGGCUUACUAAACAGUUUGCAAAGCAUUAGAGAUGCGUUCUUUUGCCUGACACACUGACAAAGAUUACUGCCUUGCACCGAGGUCAUUGGAUUCACUCUGUAACUGAUAUCCUCUCCAAGACCAAAAGUUUGGUAGGUUUUUAGGAUUCUCUUCUUGGCUGUCAUUUUAUCAUAUGUAAAAUGAGGGCUUUGGAACCAAAUGAAUGUCUUAAUUCCUUCCCAGCUCUAACAUUUACUGACAUAAGAGUAUCCCUAAUGACACAGAGAAAAAGAGGAGAGAAUCAGGAUAAUGUAAGACAGAAGGAAAGUUGUGAGGUCGAGUUAUGCUGUUACAUGGCCAGUGCUAAAGCAAUGGGAUGGUUCAGAGUAAAUGGGUCUGACGUGAGAUAUCCUUAUCUGUCAAGUUUUCUUUUGGAUGCUAUAAAUAUUACAGGCUGCAGUAUUUUUCUUUUUUAUUAAUGCAGAAGGUCUAUUUUAUUUUGUCUGUGAAAGAAUUGGCUUGUUUUAACAGAAAUCCUUGUAGUUUGGGAUGGGUUGAAUGAACCACUCUUUUUUAAAGAAACAACUUAUUGAGAUAUAGUAUCUUUCACAUACUGUACAAUUCACCUAUUUAAAGUAUACAGUUUAGUGACUUUCAGUAUAUUCAGCUGUGGAACCAUCACCACAAUCAAUUUUAGAACAUUCUCAUAACCCCAGAAGGAAAUCCCUCACCCCUAGGCUGUCACCCCACCUCCAAUUUCCCCAUCUCACACUCCUUCUAGCUCUAGGCAACUACUGAUGUACUUUCUGUCUCUAGUGAGCUGCUCUUAAAUGAAGGAGACAGUCAGUGGACAUCAGAGACUAAGCACCAUAGUGCAGCUUUAUCCAGACACAUGUAUUUAAUGAUUGGAGCUGUUAGAGUUCGCAGUAUCUGAUGGCAAAAUCUAGUUUCUAAAUGAUAUUGAUCAGAAGAAUGAAUGUCAUCAAAAAUAAUAAUCUGAAAAUAGCCACAAAUUCAGUGCCCAGGAAAGUACUCUUCAGCCAUUAUCAGCAUCAGUCAUUUGCGGUCAGCCUGACAUACUCUACCUCGUUGCAUGAGGCAUGUUUAACAAAAUAAAAAAUUAUGAUACAUUUCUUACAGUUGUUAUAUUUUUGUGGCACUCGUGUAUGGUUCAGCCAGCGAAAUCCCACUUUGGACAUUCUGUGUGCGGUGACUUUGCUAGGAGACAUUGAAUGGCUCUACUUUCAAGGAGCAGCGUAGAAGUGGGUGAUAGGUACGUAUAAACAAGCGAGUGCAAAAUAACAUCAAAAUACUCCAGGUGCAGCAUAGGGGCACUCACAAGGACAGCCAGUUCUGCCCAGGGAAACUGGUGGGGAGGGGUGCCAGAAACAGCUCAUGGUGAAGGUGGAGCUGCAGAUAAGCAAUGGAACAGUAGUCAUGCUUAGGGAAUGGGAGAAGCACAUUUAGGUAGAGAGACCAGUGUGUUCAAAUGCACCCACAUAGGAAGCAUCCUAGAGCCUUUGGAUGUAAGCAGAUAAGGCAGUAGGGUGGUUGCAGGAGAAGUUGUGAGGGGGAUUCUGAGGCUGUGCAUCAGUGUGUGAAAGGGGCUAUGUGAGAUCCCUAAGGAGUUGGACUUGACCCACUGUUUUAGUUUCUUGUGACUGCUGUAAAAAAGUACAGCAAAUUGGGUAGCUUAGAACAGUAGAAGUGUAUUUUCUCCCAGUUCUGGAUGCCAAAAGUCCAAAAUCAAGAUGUCAGCAGGACCAUGUUCCCUCCAAAGCCUGCAGGGGAUGGAUCUUUCCUUGCCUCUUCCUGCUUCUGGUAGGUCAGGCAUUCCUUGGCUUGUGACAGCAAAAUUCCAGCCUUUGCCUCUGGCUUCAGAUGGCGUGUCCCCUGUGCCUCUUCACAUCUGCUUCCCUCUAGGCACAUCUGUUUCUGUAUCCAAAUUUCCACCUUUUAUGUAAGGACAUCAAUCCUAAUGGGUUAGGGCUUACCCUAGUGACCUCAUUUUAACUUGAUUACCUUUGUAAGGACCCUGUUUCCAAAUGAAGUCACAUUCUGAGGUACUGGGGGUUAAGACUCUAACAUUUUUUAGGGGACAAAAUUCAACCCAUUACUGGCCCCAGGCAUUCAGAUCUUAUUGCAGGGAAGUCAAGUGUUAAUAUUUGCAUUUCAGAAAGUCACUGGGAGAAUUGUGUGGAGGAUGAAUGCGAAAAGGGCACGAGUAGUUGGGAACCUCUUGGCCUUGACCGCGUAAGAAGCCUUGUGGGCUGUUUACUUUAUCCUUCACACUCCAGAUUCUUCAAGUUUAAAAAGAAGAAGAAAAAGAAAUCUGCACAUGCACAGCAGGACUAGAAAGUCAGGGAGAAAGACCACCAGUGGAGAAGGAUAUUUAAGAAUUCCCAGAAGGUACUAAAAGAAAUGAAUUGAUUCGCGGCGAAACCCAGAAGAACAAAGGAUUAUAUUCCCUUUUACCGUUACAUACCAUAUAUUAAUAAAACUUUGGUUUUAGGUCAGUAAGGAGCAGGAGAAUCAAAUGAAAGUGUGCAUGCCCUUUGACUCAGCAACUCCAUGUCUAGGAAUCCUAUCUAUACUCACUCAUGUGCUGAAAUAUAUAUGCAGGACUAAUCAUUGUAAUGUCAUUUGUAAUUGAGGAAAACCAAAAAUAAUCUAAGUAUCCAUUGGCACAAAAUGCCCAAUUAUAGUAUAACCACACCAUUCGUUGAAUGUUCUAUAGUUACUAAAAGGAAUGAGAUAACCCUAUACGUACUGACAUGGAACAUUCUCUAACACACAGUAAAUGAACACAAUGAAACUGUUGAACAGUGACUAGUAUAGGGUACUAUAUAUGUAACAAAGAAAGAAAGAACCUUUUGAUUUUUCUAUCUUUCCAGACCUUUUUAAAGUAUUUGUACUGAACUCUAACAUUGCUUACCUGUGGGAUUAGGGAAUAUAGUGAAAAGGAAUAUUCUUUUUUAAAACGUAAUACUCUAUAUCCUGUGUGUUCUGUGAAGUUUUUCAGUAAGCAUGCAGUAUACCAAAACUGGACAUUUACUAUAACAGGUAAGGAGACAGAAUCCAUGAGACUUGAGACUUCACCAGUGGGUGAAUGUGGUGAACAGCGGGGUGGUAAAGAUGGGAAAGUAGAGGAGGGGUGGAAGGGAUGGGGUAAGGGGAGCAUGAAUUCAAAACACUCAGAAGCAUAAGCGCAACAUUUUAAAGGGAGCUAUUAAUAAAAAAAGACAAAGUACGUAUUUUAUUGUAAAAGGGGUCUAGGAGUGUUAGUUUGAGAAAUAGGAGGAUUUAUGCAUCUUCAACUAUGAUUGGUGGAGCCCAUCAGCAUAAGAAUGGAGAAACAGUGCCAUGAGAUGAGAGCCAGUUGCAGAAAUUAAUGUCAUUCCCAGAAUCUCUUCUGCUAGAGUGUAUACAGCCACCAAAACGGCCACCUAUGACUUAUCCCUAGUGAUCCAUAAAUUGCAAACAAAGUAACACCUCAGGGAUAGGUACUUAUCUCUGAAAUGGGAGGGAAAAGUCUUUACCCCUUCUCUUCUUUAACACCUUUACUUGUUCCUCUCUGUGUUUUCCCAUCUCUGCUUGACUCUCCUGUUCCUCCUUCUCUUCCUCACUGCUCUUUCUGUUUUACACACACAUACACCUACCCACCCUGUGAUACAAAUCUACUAACCUGAACAAAAAGUUAAAGAAAGAGAACUCAUAGAAGAAAAUGGUUUCCAAAUCUGAUGAGCACCUCCAAAUGAUUAAGAGGAAAAAGAUUUUUUGCCAAAAUUAUCUUGUGAAAAUUGUCAUGGCCUACUUAUUUUAUCAUAAAAAAGUGUGUUAAAGGUGAUGUUAACAUAGCAGAAAGCUUGAAAAACAAGUGAUAACCGUAUUUCCAAAUCAGCUUGUAUAUGCCUAGUGGUUUGCAGUUAGUGACCAAAUGCUUUCACAGCAUUAUCUCGUUUGAGCCUCACACUGACCCUUUGGAUGAGGUAAUGCUUCCAUGUCUUUAUGGAAGGGGACGUUGAGUCCCAGAAAUGGGCGGGAGCCUUGGCUGUUGAGGCAUAGGCUGUUUUCUAUGACACCGAUGCCUGUCCGGCCUCAGCAGAGUAUAGUUGGUACCCCAUGGAUUUAUCUCUCGAGCUAAACCUUUCAGACUUUAUCUUCCCAAAUCUUGUUCUGUCAGCUGCCUUAAUCCUGAAGAACCACAGACGUUAGCAAAGUAUACUAAUCUGUGUUAUUUAUUUAUAAAGCAGAUUGGUCAUUUGAACAACAAGAAGUUUGGUAGACAAAGGGGUUAAGAUUGUGCCCUUUGGGAGACCAGCAACAAUAGCUUACAAAGUGAAAAUGCAGAAUUUAAUUUCGGAAAUAGUGUUAUUUCCUCAUUCAUGAUACUAACUAUGGGUAUUAUCAUGAGCUGUGAGCAAUGGAGAAAGAGCCAAAGAAAUGAGGUUUUGAUCCCCGCCAGGCUCUGAGGUAUUUCUUGGUACCUGGCUGACAAAUAUUGGCGAUAUUUGUUCAUAAGAAGAAUUAGCUAUGAAUUAUUUCACUAAUUCGUAGCAUGCAAUCCUGAGCUUCUCCAUCUGAAGGGGAGAAAACAGAGAAAUUAUUACUAAAUGUACUACCUAAAAGAGGUAGAAGUGUAAUCAAGGAAGUCAUUCAGUGAUAUGUUUACUUUUUAGAAGUUUCCAGACAUAACACAGCACAAUUGCAGCUUUCCUCCGCAAAGUCAUCAAACAGCUAAAAUGUACAAAUGGGAAUAGGGAUAUAAAAUGGAACUGAAGACAAAUGGAGAGCCACAGCAGCCCCCACAAUACUUCCCUGGUGUUGGUUCCUCCCGAGACCAUAGUCUGGGCUGACAUCUUCUCUCCUUCCAGCAUCUCUUUCAAAUAAUGUGAAGAUCUGGUAAAUGGCCAGUCAAACCUCUGGCUGCUCAUUCUGGUAGGUCUGAGGUUAGUUUUGCUGUAACACAUCUCUCUUAUUUUGUCCCUCUAUUGUGGUUUUGUAUGGAUUUUUUUGCCUCUACUACUUCUUAACUACAGGAUAGUUACCAUGGCAACACCUGUUGAUGGCAGACAAAAAAAAAAAAAAAAGUGAUUUUACAGGGAGGAGGCUGCUCCUAUCUUUCUUGCUCCUCACUCUCAUGGUUAAAAUUCAAGGGGUGUUUUUGUUUCUUUGUUUCUUCUUUCUAGUCUUGUGGGUGACACUAAUUUUCCCCAUUUUGGCAGAUUAAUGUGGAAACUGCUGUCUGCUGCUUCAGUUUUCCAUGCAAAGAUGCAGCCAUGUUACCCUUGGGAGCAUUUGUUGUCAUGAUUUUUACCAGCUGUAAUAGACAUUGUGCCUUUGUACAAGGGAGUUUACAGUCUUUCACAUCUGAUUUUUCUUUCUCCUUUCUUAUUUCCUUCUUCUCUUUCCUCUUCCACCCUUAUUUGAUCAAUCAGAAGAGCCCAUAUUCCUUCUUUGACUAGAUAGCCAAAGGUCUGCAGUAGUAAAGUCCAAAUUUCACAUGUCACUUAAAAUGCCAUUAGUCUGGAUAUCAAAACAAUAAAGUAAAACAUAGGGUAUACAUAAUAACAAUUAGUUCUAUAAACAAUCAGUUUGAAGGAAAUAUAUUCUAGAUAGUAAAUAAAUGGAAGAACCUUAAAAAAUAAUAAUGUACUGAAGAACAGUCAUACAUGAUAACUGGUUAAUGUCUUCUUAUACAUAUGUAGCUAUAUCGUAAAUAUUCCACAUUUAAGCAAGCAUUUUGAUAUGCCUCAUGUAGACGUGGCAUUGCAGAAUAAUCUUUGGAUGAGUUUUUUUUGCUUGUUUGUUUGUUUGUUUGUUUUUGCACCAGCUCUAACACCAAAUCACCUGAUUAGGGGAAGAAGCAUAGGUAGCAUCGGUGAAAUGGCUAAGCCACCACAAUGGAGGUGGAGGUGAAGGCCAAGAAAGAAGAGAGAAGUCUCACCACGACAUUUCAAAGGGAAUACAUUGCCAGAAUUUGGAAUACUCUUUGGGACAAACAUUUCCUCCAAGCAUGCAGCUCUCUGCCCCCAUGUCGCCACCUCUGAAGGACUGACUGAUUCCCUCGGCUGGUACCAGUGCCUGCUCCUGCCAUGGGGCCCACGGGGAGUCUGCUGGGCAGCGGACAGAUGCAGAUCACCCUGUGGGGAAGUCUGGCCACUGUCGCCAUUUUCUUCGUCAUCACCUUCCUCAUUUUCCUGUGCUCCAGUUGUGACAGGGAAAAGAAGCCGCGACAGCACAGUGGGGACCAUGAGAACCUGAUGAACGUGCCUUCAGACAAGGAGAUGUUCAGCCGUUCCGUUACUAGCUUGGCAACAGACGCUCCUGCCAGCACUGAGCAGAAUGGGGCACUCACCAAUGGGGACAUUCUUUCAGAAGACAGUACUCUGACCUGCAUGCAGCAUUACGAGGAAGUCCAGACAUCGGCUUCGGAUCUGCUAGAUUCCCAGGACAGCACGGGGAAGCCAAAAUGUCAUCAGAGUCGGGAGCUGCCCAGAAUCCCUCCCGAGAGUGCAGUGGACACCGUGCUCACAGUGAGAAGUGCGGACGGGGACCAGGGCCCAGGGAUGGAAGGGCCCUAUGAAGUGCUCAAGGACAGCUCCUCCCAAGAAAACAUGGUGGAGGACUGCUUGUAUGAAACUGUGAAAGAGAUCAAGGAGGUGGCUACAGCUGCACACCUGGAGAAAGGCCACACUGGCAAAGCAAAGUCUACUUCUGCCUCGAAAGAGCUCCCAGGGCCCCAGACUGAAGGCAAAGCUGAGUUUGCCGAAUAUGCCUCGGUGGACAGAAACAAAAAGUGUCGCCAAAGUGUUAAUGUAGAGAGUAUCCUUGGAAAUUCAUGUGAUCUAGAAGAGGAGGCCCCACCACCUGUCCCUGUUAAGCUUCUGGACGAGAAUGAAAACCUUCAGGAGAAGGAAGCGGGAGAGGCGGAAGAGAGUGCCACAGACAGGACCAGUGAAACUAACAAGAGAUUUAGCUCAUUGUCAUACAAGUCUCGGGAAGAAGACCCCACUCUCACGGAAGAAGAGAUCUCUGCUAUGUACUCAUCGGUGAAUAAACCUGGACAGUUAGUGAAUAAAUCAGGACAGUCGCUUACAGUGCCAGAGUCCACCUACACCUCCAUUCAAGAGGACCCACAGAGGUCACCCUCCUCCUGUAAUGAUCUCUAUGCUACUGUUAAAGACUUCGAAAAAACUCCAAACAGCACACUUCCACCAGCAGGGAGGCCCGGCGAGGAGCCAGAGCCUGAUUAUGAAGCGAUACAGACUCUCCACAGAGAGGAAGAAAAGGCCACCCUGGGGACCAAUGGCCACCGCGGUCUCGUCCCGAAGGAGAACGACUACGAGAGCAUUAGUGACUUGCAGCAAGGCAGAGAUAUUACCAGGCUCUAGCAACCCAGAGGACAACCCUGGGUAGCCUGUGAUCAGUAUCUGGGGACGUUUCUUCCAUGGCAGAGAAGAAGUGACACAAACCUAUACUUCAUAUGCUGCUUUAGUCACCUGAAAAUAGUUGGAGAGGCCCUGACUGUUCUCCCAGUUGUUCAGUUUCUGAGACAGAGAGGUACGGACUAGGCUGCACCUGAGUGUGCCCCUGCCUGCCAGAUGGACAGGCACACCCAAGCACAUCCCCCUCCCGCACCCUCACCGCCCACAAAAGACCCCAGCUGUCAGUGGUCUCCUCUCAUUAGUGAGGAAAGCCAAGCUGUAUGGAAAAACUGCACUCACCAAGGACCGCAACGCCGCCAGCCUGAAGUACUGCCAUUCGGAAGGACCAGGUUUUUCUUCCCCUCUUUCCUUUUCUCUGUCUGCUAUUGACUUCAAGGCUUUUUCCCCCCUUGGAAUGUCCAGAUUCCUGUGGUUCAUUCCAAGGAAAUUUUCACACGAAGCUUGGCCUUUGCCUUCAAUGUAGGUGUUUCAGGAUGGCGACAAACCGUGGCUGCUGCUUUCUGCCCAGGUCGCCAGUCCUCCCCAGAGAGCUGCGCGUCGGCACCUGGGGAUCUGGACCCUGCAGCUGAAGGGACUGGGGAGGGACGUCCCUGGAGUCUCUUCCAUCUUUGUUCCUUCUUAUUUUGGCACUCUAUAUCAGCAGCCUCUCCCCAAAGUACUUGAAGUCAGUUUUAGAUGCUUUAUUUUAUUUUUCUAGUCAAAAAUGUGUUUCCCCCACUGUUUGAAAACUCGUCCGAGCCUUUUCAGUGUUUUCCAUGAGUAUUGUGGUACUUCUAUACUUGUUUAAGCCCAGAACUCCUUCCUUCAAAACAGAGAGCCUUAAUCUUUAUGUUGGGACACAGACCACAUAUUUGGAUGGCAGCCAUGCAUCCAUCUCCGAAGGGCUGUGCACGUGAAUGUGUAUUUCCCAUGGUCUCCACUGCCCACACCAACAGUGUGGCAUCUCAUAAGUUAACUGCUACCCUAAGGUAAUCUAAGAUUAAAAUGUAAACAUUUAUUUUUGUUAUGUAAGUUUAUAAGAUGUUUUAUGUUCAAUGCCUAAUUUCUCAAAAGUGCCAGAAAAAAAUGUAUAUUAACUGUUUUGAUUUUAUGUACAAUGAUUUAUACUCUCCUUUGGAAAAGAUAUCAUAAAGCACAUAAGCUAGAUCAUUACAAGGAGCUGUUAUCUUUUUCCUAAUCAAGUGUUUAAAACACUGAUGGUUUUUAAAGACUCACCUUUGUAAAUGGUACUUGGAGCUCCUGAUCCAAAUUACCUAGACCCCUAGAGAAAUAAAUGGAAAAUACAUAAAUAAUUAAUCAUUUUCAUUGGUUUACGGUGGGCAAUAUUGAAAUAUUUGAAAGGAUAAAAAUGGAAAGAAGAACAAAAUAUGAUGAGAGGUGGCUGUGAAUUAUAAACCUCAUAAAAGUGUCAUAAUUCAAUUAAAGUUUAAUUACAUUUUUUCAGAAAACAGUGAUGAAUUCUGUAGUCCAGUGCUUGCCAGUGCAAACUGCCUAUUGGAAUCUUCUUCCUAUAUUUUACAAACAUCAGUGGCUGAAAUAGCUCAGAUUAAGAGCUCAGCCAGGUUUGAAUUUAAUCAUCUCUUUAGAUCUUAUAAGGCCGGCAUUAGGAAACUUGUUCACUUUUCAUUUUCAAAGGAGCCUAGUUGAAGUGCUGUUAUGAGUGUGAGCUAUGGAAAGACCGCUUUUCCUACACUGAUAAAGAAAAAAAAAAUGAGGAAAUUAUUUCAUCCCAUUGUGACAUCUGUGACUUUUUGGAUUUAAUAAUCUUGCUGUUUUUCUUCUUUAUGGGCAAAGAAUAUAAUUGGGAGGAUGAAGUGUGUUAAAAAUUGUAGAGACCAGCUCACUGGAAUGUUUUUCCAUCCUUGUAUUCAUGGUUUGACUUUGUGACUGCUCUACAUUGCAUUUCUGACAUUGCGAAGUGAGCUAUGUUGGUGGUGGUGAUUAUUUUGCAAUCAGCCUGGUCUCUCCCAUGAAGAUGUCAUGUGCAUAAACACAAUCAUCAUUGAUUAGAAGAUCAUAGCAGAAUACCCUUGGAUUAGAGAGAAGUUUGCACCUUGCAUUUCUCUGAAUUCCAAUCUCUCAUAAGCACUGCUUUGCCUGGUGAUUUUCACUGCUUUGUGUCAAUGACUUUGACUCAGCAGCCUCUCACAUGAUGGGGUUCUUUAGUACAUGGUAACAGCCAUGUCAUCUUACACACCUAACAUUGUGCAUGCUGUAGUGACAUCCUUUAUAGGCACCUUACAGCUCAAAACUUGUGUUUCAUUUCAUGCCUUACUUAUCAAAAAGGCAGGGAGGUAGGUAUGAUCUCUAAAGUAAAAAAAAAAAAAUUAAAAAUAAAUUACCUUUUUAUAGAAAGCUCAUAAAUAAUCAUGUAAUUUUGCAAUUUUGUUACCAAAAUAUCCCCCAGAAGUUUUCAAAUAUUAGUUCUGCAAUGUGGCCAUGAAAUAUGCACUGAAAUAUACCUUUUAAUUUGAGAACCAGUGGUUAAAAUAAGCUGUGAUAUAAAGUAUUUUCAGUGUACUUUUAAAGGAACUGUAAGGCCCUCCAGCAUAGACACUAAAAGAAUAGACGGUAGCACAGCCCAUGAGGGCUGGAGGAGAGAAGCAGAGUGAACCUUAGAAAGACAGUUCAGCUCUUUGGAGCACUGGAUAUUUUACUGAAGUAUAUUUACUGAGGCACCAUCACUGUUAUGACUGUAUAGUAUAGUUUUUCAAAAAUUUCAUCACAUUUACUUUGUUCAGAAUCUGGGCUUGAAUCUUUGAGUUCAACAAAAGCCUGUGGCUUCUUUUAAAAAGUUUCAUCUUGAGCUAAUGCUACAGUUUAAAUAAAAUAUAUGAAAGGUAGUUAUCAAAAACAAUUUGUAUAUUUAAAAUUCUAUUUUGACAUCCAUUUUUUACAGCCAAUUAUAGCAGGUUAUGUGAAAUUUAAAAAUAAAUUUUAGGACUUUUUUUAUCUUGUAAAUAAGAAUUAUAAAUCUAUCUCAGUUAAAAGUAGGAUCUUUGUUUUUAUUCAGAUAUUUUGAAAAUUUAGAAGCAUUUUGUAUGCUACUUUUGGUAUUUCUUAAGUAUAGUCAGCAGGAAAGGGUAACCUGUUUUAUGCAAAAUUUUUUUAAUUUGUCAAAUGUUUUUAGUGUGUCUACUUUCUGAAAUAGGCUCAAUAUCCUGUCUGUAUCCUAGGCAGAUAACUACACAAGAGCAAAAUGCUAUAUAGAAAAGAAAAUACUUGAGGAAAUCUUAAAUUCUAUAAGAAAGUAAUUCCUGCAAGAAUGUUAGCUACAUAUUUUUUUUUUUUCCUGUCCUGAAUAAAUUACAUCAUUAGGUCUGUUGAAGCUUUUGAAGCUACCACUAUUCUUUGUGGGAAAAAGGCUAAUUACUGAUUUAUCUGCCCUCAAAAUCCCAGAGUUAAUUCUAAUUGAGUACUAAAUUAACAGUAAGUAGUUAACACAGAGAACUAAAAUUUAACCACAUUAUGUCACUAUAUAUAUUUCUCAUGAUUUUUGCUAAUUAGAGCAUUUACUUAACCAGUAAUAAACUACAGACACACACACACAUACAUAUACAUAUACGUGUGUGUUUAUAUACUUGGCUCUGACACAACUCUGGUGCUUAAUUAGGAUAUGUUCUAUUAUGUAUUUUGAAUGUUUAUCCUGCUAGUGUGAUGAACUUUUGUUGGAAAAGCAGAAUUAGAAGGAACAAGUUUUUCAAUCAGUUUCAUUUGAUAAUUACAGGAAAACCUUGAGUUGUCUAAUUUAAUUUUUCCAAUUAAUAUAUUUAGACUUUAAAUUGCAUCCAUAAUUCUCUUGGCUGAAAAACAGUGAUAUUUUAAGACAGUUUUGUUAUACAUGUGACUUACUUCUGACUCAGCCUGAGAGGAGGAAAUGUAAAGAGAUAAAAGAUUUGGCCUAAAGCAGCAAGUGACUAGUAACCUUGAGCCAGGAUGAAGCCAAGGCAACGUGACUCCCAAGUAGCAGGAGCAGAGGUCGGUCACCCAUGGCAUUCUGUUUCAUUCCCUUUUAAAAUUAUGAGGCUUUAUAGGCAGUGUAAAACAUCAGCAGGCAGCAAUGUGAUAGGAUGUGCAAAAAAGCUGGUCUGAUACCGUGGCUAUAAUUACAGAGCUUUAGUUCAAUUAGGAUUUUGUAAAUGAGCAAAUGACGUUUUCUUCCAGUGCUCCUUGUAAUAGUUAAUAUAAGUCUAUGCAAUCUUGUGAUGCCAUUCUCCUGAAGGUGUUGAUUUCUGGUACCCAGCCAGCUUAGCUUUGGCUGCUGGAAGCACAGUAGGUACUGAUGGUUACUUCCUGGAAAUCUUGACAGGCUUAUUGUACUGUGUAAUGGGGAAAAGUUGAAGUAUAAUGUUUGGUGUUAAUAAGUGACUGAUGUGAAAAUAGAAACAUGUGUCUAUAAUAUCAAAUAUGGCUUUAUUUGCAGUAAAAUCUAAAUUCUUUAUUCUAUAGUAGUAUUUUCUUGCCCUGUGUUGUAUCUUUUCUUAAAUACAUUUUUCCUGACAGUGGCUUUAGGCAAGUUGAACACACUUAGACUGAAACUGUUUAACUUAAAGAGAUCAGUCCAGAAACCAUGAUAAAUAAGAAUCUUGAUCUGGAAUUACCAAAUUAAAAUUUAAAAUCAUGGUCCAGAAGAGAACAAACAUUCAUGGCUUUUUUAUACUACUGCUCAUUUUUAGGUCUGUGUUUACAUCCAGUCUCUUCUAUUUGUGAAGUAUGUCAUUACUUUUUUCAAGUUCUUCUUUGACUUCACUGAAAAAUAAUAUUCCAAAUUCCUAAUGUAACAUGAAAAGUGAAAUAGAAUUUUUGUUUAAAAGACAUUUUUUAAAAAGCAUUCAAUUCAGUAAUCAUUUCUCUUAAUACAGGAAGUUUUUUCGGCUUGCCAGUGAGAUACUGUGGGUAUUUUUUAAAAUGUGCUGUCCUUGGGUUGCCUCAUAUCACCUUGCAUAAUCUUGUAUUACAAAGGUUGAUAAUUGUCAUUUCUCAGAUGUCUGUAUGUUACACUGGCAGCAGUAAAAUGUUUUAAUGUUGUUCCCUUUUAAAUAAUUGUGUUAUAUUAACAUGCCUCAUAUUUUCUGGGGAAACUUGAAAUAUAUCUAAACAAAAAAGAUCUGUCAUAAAUAGGAAUUGGCAUUUCAUUGUUAAUAUGUUUUUUCCUCAUAAAAGUAGUUACACCAAAAGUGACAUAUUGUCUAUCACAUGGGCCCAAUCAGUAUUAAAGUACUCCCAUUACUCAAAAAAUAUGGAAAGAUAAUUCAUGACACUUAGUAGCAUUUUCAUUCAUUGUUUCAAAAGGUCUUUGUAAUGGUCAAAUUGUCCACUUCACAAAAGAGUGAGAAAGUUGUUUUCAGUACUGGGAAUUGUUAAACUUUAGUUUUAAGUCCAAAAGUAUCUCUUAUUAGCUUGAACAUUUUGUGAUGACUUUUCCCUCCCCGGAUCUAGUCCUUUUAAGGAGUAAGUCUAAAGAAUGAGGCCAUGAAGUCACUAUUUCCUCCCCCCUCAGUUUGUCUCCUGGUACUUAGCUGGCCUACCGCUUUGCGUAGCAAUAUCCCUGGGUCUCCUCCCCACUCAGCCUUCAGUGUCUACUGUUGACAGGACGUGCCAUUAUGUCUUUCUGGUACCGAUCACAGUGCUGCCGUAUCACAGACCCUGCCAGCCAGCAUGGAACCGUGCCUCAUCACAGCUCUGCCCAACUCACAGGCUGCCAAGGUGAGGCCACAGGUCCACCUAGGGCGGCAGAUGCUGGUGCUAUUUGUCAUGACUUUUGCCAAAACAUGUACACUGUUGCUCACUUCUUUCAGAAGAAUGGUUGACACUAAGGGGCCAUGGAAAAGAACUUUUAAAAAAUUAUGUGGUGGAAUCAAAGUCACAGAGGCAGAAAUGUUAGCAUCAUGCUCUAACCAAGGAAGCUUAGUGUUCCCCGCAGUGCUCUGUAUCUGGCCUGGGUCUCCUCAAGCGGCAGCCCCCACUGUCCAGCAUGUGGAAGGUAGAUUCUUAUGACAACACCAGACCCAUAGUUACCAGGAAACGAAAAGGAAGCUGAGUGUUGUGAAGGGGAAGAAAUCCUUUUUAUAAGAAGGAAUCAUUUUUAGGCCGGGUGCAGUGACUCAUGCCUGCAAUCCCAGCACUUUGGGAGGCUGAGACAGGCAGAUCACUUGAGGUCAGGAGUUUGAGACCUGCCUGGCCAACAUGAUGAAACCCUGUCUCUACUAAAAAUGCAAAAAAAUUAGCCAGGCAUGGUGGCAUGUGCCUGUAGUCCCAGCUACUGGGGAGGCUGAGGCAGGAGAAUCACUUGAAUCUGGGAGGCGGAGGUUGCAGUGAGCUGAGAUCACAACACUGCACUCCAGCCUGGGUGACAGAGCGAGACUCCAUCUCAAAAAAAAAAAAAGAAAGAAAGAAAGAAAGAAAACAUUUUUAAAGUAAAUUGAGUGUAAAAUGUUUUCGCCAUGAGGCCAUUGCCCCCUCUCCCCCAGGAAACAGUGCCUAAGGAUGAUGUCAAGUUACAGCCAGUUUGCGCUGAUCCCCCAGGUCCUAAGAAAACUGUGAGUGCUUCACAAGCAAAGGUAGAGCUACCAGAUAUGGAGAAUAACUUGGCCAUUUAUAGCAAACUACCUGACUUUGGGGUGAGAAACCAAGCACCUUCUAGGUCCUAGGACAGGUGAAUUGGAGGUGCAGCUGCUAAAGUUCUCAUUUUCUACACACUUCAGGAGCCAGCGUGUUUCAUCUUGGUUUUGUAAAACUUUGCUGUAAGUCAUCACAGUUAACUCUUUGAAUGGAUAUUCUAGAGUGUAUCUUUUUUUUCAAAAUUAGCAGAACAGUUAUCUCUGCUCAUUCUCUUUAUACAUUUAGUUUUUUUAAAGUUCCCCUACUAUACCUGUUAGGCACUCUAAAUAGGACACAGUUAAGGCUAAAAGAAGGACCAGUCGCUCUCUAGAGCCCACAGUUCAGAACUUCUUAUUGUCAUGUCCUGGUUUGGUUUGGUUUGGUUUGGUUUGGUUUGCUGUUUAACUCAACAAGUUGCAAACCAUGAGUUUAAAGCAAAUGGUUUCCUUUUCCUUUCUUAAGCUUAAAGAGAAUUUUUUUUUUAAUCUUCAGCUCCUCAUUUAGGUAGUGAAGGCUUCCCUGAGAGACAGCAGUGCCCUUCUCUAGGAGAAGAGGCUGGGACUAAAAGCCUGAGUCUGUGGGUUGAGGAUUUUCAGCAUUCCUUUCACAAGCCUCUAUGUAUUUUUAAUGGAAGACUCAUAAGUGAACCUGAUAAGGUGUUCAUGACCCAUCCCUUAAGCAUGCUUGCUUUUUUUAACUUUACUUUUUGAAUAUAGGACUUGUCUUGUUUUUCCUGGAGCCAUGCUAGGAUUUAAUUCCUAUGUGCUGCCCCACCACUGCCCCGCCCACGUCCUGGAAGAUGGCCGUGCCUGCAGCAAUGCUCCCGUCUUGAGGACAAGCAAUGUGGAAAGCGUCAGGAAAGCUGAACUUUACGUUCAAGUCAGCAAACAUUUGUAAGCAUUCUAGUAAGCUUGCGACCUUGAUACUUUUUAAACAUGAUCUUUUUAUUUGCUUCGAGUAUCAACCAUAUAGCUGACUCUAGAGCAGUGAAGGGAGUAGGGAUUAGAGCAAAAUUCGGACUUCCUGCCCCUAUGGGUCUGAGUUCUCAUGUCUCUCUGGGAAAUGUGUUGGCCCAAUUCCCUAUCUGCCACUCUGAGUCUCUUGAGUAAAUGUGUAUAAAUGAGAAGAAUUAUCUCAAAGAUUUAACUUAUAAUUUAGAUAUUUUCUUCUUUUUAAACUCAGGAAUAAACCUGGUUUAUAGAUAACAUAAUAUGGCUACUAGAGCUAUAAUUGGGUAGGUGACUAGAAGCAUUCUUUCAAAUAUAUUUCUUGUAAAGACAUCUACUUUGUUUUAACUAGGAAAAGAAACUCCUCAUUAAAAUAAGAUAAACAUUUCCAUAAGCACUUUCUAGAAGAGUGUAGCAUCUGUCUACCAUGCAUCCCAGAGUGUUUGUAUCUUGCUCACAGUAUUUCAAAAAUUUUUAUGGGUGGAAAAAAAUGCACAUUUUUUAAUUUAUUGGAAAAGUAUAUUGAGUUGUUGAAUUAAAUUCUCAAAUGGGACAAUUUAGUGUAAACAGAAGCAUUGGUUUUGGAGACAAGAGCACAGGGCUGUGGUCCCUGUUCCAGCAUUGACUUUACUGUGUGACCUCGAGCAAAUGAUUUAACUUCUCUGUGCCUCAGUUUCUCCAUAUACAAAAUGGGGAUAAUGAUACCAACCAUUGCCUACCUCAUAGAGAUGUUAUGGGGACAAACGAAAUAAUAGAGAUAAGCACGAAUGCUUUCAGCUCUUCAGAAGGUGCUAUAUAAAUUGAAGUUGUGUUUUUUAUGAUCCAAUUAUUAAUUAUGUUUAGGGUUUAAAUAACAAUACUGUUAGUCAUGUUAAGAAUAAGUUUUGUUUUGAUGCAUAUUUCCAAUUCUCUUCUGUGACCAGAUCUUGAUCAUUCAACCAGUAAUGGUACCUGAGGAACUGAAAUGGGUAUUUGUUUUCUGUGUGUUUCUGCCGGUAGUAUUUCAAUUCUGAAUAUCCAGAAAAGACUGGAGUUUAACUUGUAAUAUCUUAUAGUUUACAUGUAAUAAAACUUAUUCAAGCUGUAUAUAAAAGUAUGAUUACAUGUAAAUAGCAGGUAUGUUGUAAUUAAAGGCACUUAUCAAAUUGUCUUUGCUCUUUUUUCAAUUGUAAUAAAAGUCAGUUUUAUAUAAA